AUGGCAGCUUGGGGUGUGCUGAAAGCAGUCUUGGUAGAUCUCAAUGGCACACUUCACAUUGGAGACUCAGCUGUGCCGGUCUCACAGGAAGCUCUUAAAAGGCUGCGCAGCACUCCUGUCACCAUUCGUUUUGUGACAAACACAAUGAAGGAGUGCAAGAGGGACCUGCUGGAAAGUUUGACCAAACUGGGGUUUGACAUUGCAGAAAAUGAGAUCUUCACCUCUCUGACAGCAGCCAGAAAUCUUCUGGAGCAAAAGCAGGUGUGGCCUCUCCUCCUGGUGGAUGAUAAGGCCCUGCCUGACUUCACAGGGAUAGCCACUGAUGACCCCAGUGCAGUUGCAGUGGUAGUUGGAUUGGCCCCUAAGCACUUUCACUAUGAGAUGAUGAACAAAGCCUUUCAGUAA